UUCUUGUCCCUAUAUAUAAUUAUUCUCCUAUUUACUUCAAAACAAAACCAUCACACCUGAUUUCAGGGAAACGCAUCCAUCAGCAUCCAAUUUAAUAGAACAUAAAAUCAUAUUCAAAUCAACCCCAAAAACACUCAUCCAAAAUUCUGCAGAUCAUCACAUCCCGUGGCUCAACAGUACGAAUAUAUGCUCACAACUGAUCACAACCGUGAGUGCCUGUGUCUGUGUGUCUGUGUCUGUGUGUGAGAGAGAGUUUACAUAUAUAUAUAUAUAUAUAUAUAUAGCAAAUUAGCAAUUAAGCAAGCUAGGAAGGUAUCAUGGAGGAUGGCAGAGAAGAGGACGUGCGUGACAGUUUGACAGAGAAUGAUGAUUCGUACAUCGAAAUAGAGCUGGAUUCUUGUGCAGUGGUGGUGCCGACAUCAACAUGUGGGAGUUCCGAGGAAGAAGACGACAAGAUCAUGAAGGAGUACGAUGAACUGCGCAUUUCUAUUUCUUCCUCGAUUCCGCUCCCCUAUGUUCAUCAGUGUGUUGUCGACGUUGAUUCCUCUGAGGAACAUGGUGAGACCAGGGUUGAUCCAUCAGCUUCAGCUUCAGCUUCAGGUCCACCUUCUCUUACUGCUUCUGCAGAUUCAGUUACUCAAAGUGAUGAUGAUGAUCAUCAUCAUCAACGCAGAGUCAAAUUCGGAGUAGCAUUUGAUCGGCGAUCUAAUUUCAAGGUUGAUUUCUGGGAAAAGCGUUCAUCAGACCAUGCAAGCAUAACUCUACAAACAAGUGCAACCAUGCCUUUUGACUCCUCGAAUAACAUCGACCAGCGCUCCGCCCAUACAAGGAAAGAAGGAAGCAUGACAAGACGAAGAAACUGUGGGAUUAUAAUGAAGAUUCUGAUAAAGUUUCGAGGCAUAAGACUGCCAACACUGAUAUCAUCCCUUGUGAAGCCACCAAGACCACCAUGCCAAGACACCAUCAUCAGUAAAGGAAACAGCAGAAAAUAUUACAGAAACAAUAUUCUACCGUGCUAUCAUCAUCACCAUCAUCAUCAGAAGAAGAGCAAGAACAUGGUGAUUAAUAAUAAUCCCUCAUCAUCACAAGAAGAAGAAGCCACAGGGAGGAAUGCGGGAUCUUUCAGAAGCAAUACCAGCAGAAGAUCAUCAUGGAAUAGUAGAUAUAAUCAAAGGAUCACUUUGGAGCAUCAAUAGCAAAAAAUGGAACAUUUCGACAAUCAACAAAGGGCCGCACCAAACUUGAAUGACUGGUUUAGCUGCAAACAGGACCUUAAAGUGAAAACUUCAAGCAUCCUAAACUGGAGUUUUCUAUAGUGAAAACUUUAGAGAACUAUUACUUUAUUUUCAGCUUUAUAUAUAUAUAUAUAUAAAAUUAGUUAGUGAGCCCAACAUAGACAUGAAGAGCCAUUCCACACAACCUACGUGGAAAUAUGAUCUAAGAGGCUUUGCAAAUUUUGAGCCACCAGCUUAAG